GGUACCGCCACCCAACCAUACACGAAGGAGGAGGAGAAGAUGGCCGCCAUCCUGCAGGAGAGGAAGGAGAAGAAGGGGGCCAAGAAGAAGGCCUUGAAAGAGGAACAGGCAGCCAAACUAAGAAGAUGGAAGAAGAGAUGGCCAGGGAGAAAGAGAGGCUGAUAAAGGAAGAAGAGGAGAAGCUGAAGGAGGUGGAUGAAGAGGAGGUGGGACCGCCACUGCAAAGGAGUGGGCAGCAUAGUGGCGGCAAGGACGCAGAGAUGGAGAAACGGAUUUCGGAGUGGGUUGCCAACUUAUCGUUGGGUGAAGAGGAAGAGGUUGCGAUCUACAUCCCCAAGGAUGAGCAGGAAGCCGCUAUGAAAAAAUGGGAAGCAGAAGGGGAUGUUUUGGCGCGGCGGGCGAUGGAGGAUGAACAGAGGAUGGCGUGGAAGCUCGCAGUGAUGAGGGAGAAAAAGAGAAGAGUGGAGGCGGCGAAUGCGGCAAUGCAGGAACUGGAGGAGGUGAGGGCUGCCGUAACAACACAAUUGAUUCCGCAAGUGGAUCUCCAACGUAAAGUGGAGAUCAUCGCCCAGAGCGUCGAGCGGUUAGCUAAAGUGCAAGAAAGGCACUUUGAGUUUAGUCGCAGCCAGGAGAUAUCUGUACGCUCGAUGCAAACGGGCUUACGGGACUUUGCUCGCGAGUUAGUAGGCGCUGUGGGGUCCGAGGUGACUCACCGCCUCGAGAAGACUGAGCGUUUUYGUGUCGGUGCCAUUGAGGGCGUCAAGGUGGCCGCUCCCAAGGAGGAAGAGGCUCGUCCUCGCAGGGAGCCGGUGAAAGUCAAAUUCCCUGAUUCCUACAGUGGGAAAAGGGAAGAGAACUUUGACAAUUGGGAGGCCAAUGUUAAGACCUAUGUGCAUUUGCAACAGGUCUCCCCGGAUCAGCAGGUCUUAAUUGCGAUCCAUGCACUUAGAGACGAGGCCGUCAGUUUCGCGAGAUCCCUUGUUCGUGCUGCCAACUGUAGUGACGAUCCAGUUGCGUACUCCUCGUUUACGUCCCUCAUUGAAUUCUUGAAGCUGCUGCGGGAGCGAUUCGCUAAUGUUGCCCGUAGUGUCAAAGCCUCAGAUAGGCUUCAGACAAUACACUCGCGCCAAUGGAAGAGUGCAAGGGCACUCAAAGGCACAAUGGAUGAGUUGGUGGCUGUUCCUGACCACAAGGAAGUGGUCGCGUUCGAGGCGAAGUCUGCGUCGAUUUCCACCUUCUGGCACAAAGAUUUAGACAAGGGCAAAAAGUGGAAGGGCCGCACUAUCUCGGGGCAAGUCAAGACCAAGGAUAGCCUUGUGCUCACUUUAGAUGAGGGUAGUGUGGACGAGAUCCCCUACGACCAGAUUGAGUGGGGGUUAGAGGAGGAGGACAGCGGUGCGGGCCAGGGGAGAUCCUACGCUGCUGUCGCGGCUGGAGGGAGGCCGCAAGGAGGAAGAGGUCAGGGCCAAGUGGGCCGGGACUCAGGGAGCCGGUUUCAAGGCGAUCAGGGGGUUGGCAGCAGAGGAGGAAACCGCCAAGCGGGAGGAAGGGGUCAAGGUCCCCCGCAAAACCGUCAUAGGAAUAGGUCUCCCUACAGGCGCUGUAUGAACGAUUUGUUUAGGCCAUGGUUAGACAGGUUUGUUGAUGUUUAUCUAGAUGAUAUUCUAGUGUUUAGCAGGACCCUCGAAGAGCAUCAGGGUCAUCUCAGGCAGGUCUUGGAGAAGUUGAGGGAAGCUAACUUCAAGAUCAAUGCAAAGAAGUGYGAUUGSGCAAAGACCCAWRUUCUGUACCUAGGCCACGUCUUAGACGGAGACGGCGUUAAGCCAGAAGAUAGCAAGAUCGCAGCGAUUAGAGAUUGGCCCAUGCCACGUACGCUGACAGAGUUGCGCUCGUUCCUGGACCUAGCUAACUACUAUAGGAAGUUCGUGAGGAACCUCUCCACCAUCGCUGCGCCCCUUCGCAGAUUGCUAAGAAAAGAGACAAUCUGGAAGUGGGACAAGGACUGCACGUCUGCCAUGAAGAAGCUAAAGCAGGCAUUGAUAGAGUAUCCUAUCCUUAAGGUCGCCGAUCCGUCCUUGCUUUUUGUCGUUACUACGGAUGCUAGCCAGUACGGCAUAGGCGCAGUGUUACAGCAAGACAAUGGCAAUGGCUAUAGACCCGUAGAGUUCAUGUCCGCCAGGAUGCCUUCAGAGAAGGUCGCGACAUCUACCUAUGARAGGGAACUCUACGCUCUCAGGCAAGCCUUAGACCACUGGAAGCACUACUUGCUUGGGAGGCACUUCAAAGUCUAUUCUGACCAUGAGACAUUACGAUGGUUAAAGACGCAGACCAAGAUGACACCGAAGCUUACUAGGUGGGCCGCAGAGAGAGAUCAGUACGACUUCGAGCUCAAGCCUGUCAAAGGGAAGUACAACGUAGUCGCGGAUGCUCUGAGUAGGAGAGCGGAUUACUUUGGGGCAAUAGUACAUUACCUCGAUAUAGGGAAGGACCUGCAGCAGAGGGUUAGAGAAGCUUACGCGCAGGACCCUAUCUAUAGUGAGCUCCUUAAGAAAGUCAAGGAGGCCCCAUAGACUGAACCGAACUACCGCAAUACCGAAGGGUUGCUUUUUGAGAAGACUAAUGUGUCUGACCGCCUGUGCAUCCCCAAUAGCGAAGAGAUUCGUAGUCUGAUUCUGGGCGAAUACCAUGACACAGAGGGUCACUUUGGUUGGCAAAAGACUUUAGCCAAUCUUAUGCGUGCGUAUACCUGGCCAGGGAUGAAGAAUGACUGCGUAGAGUAUGUUCGCAGUUGCAAAGUCUGCCAGUGUAAUAAGAGUUCUACGCGCGCCCCGCUAG